AUGCUCCUGGCGCGGAUCACGGCACGGGGUGGAGGACGAGGCUGUUUUCACCCAGGAGCCCUCCAGGCUGAUGGACCGGAAGGGUGCAAUCACACCUCUGAUCAGAGGCUUUGCUCUGUGCACCUGCCCGGUGUGAACCGGCUGAGCUGCACCUCUGGACAGCAGCUCUCAGGAAGGGUCAGCAUGGAGAUGGAGGCUGUUUACGAGAAUAUAAAGGGGAACCCGCAAGACAGCAGCAAGAAGAAAGCCAUUUAUGGGAACCUGAAUACUGUCCAACCUUCCCACGGAGGUCCAGACCCAGAGUGGCCAGAGGCACGAGAUGCUGCAUUCGGCAGCUGCUCCGGCAUCCUCCUUACUUCCAUCCUCCUGGUGCUGGCCAUCUCCCUCCCUGCACUCGCCACCCUGUAUGUCCAGGGACGGAGGCAGCUGCGAGAGGUCAAAGCAACCGCGCAGGAAAUCGCCAGCCACCUGCAGCUCAACAGCACGGUGGAGUUGGAGGGUGCUCAGCUGCUGGGCAACAUCAGGAAAAGAGUCUCAUUGAUAGUGGAACAGCUGGGAAACGUCACUGCAGAGAAACAAGAAACCCAAGCCCGUCUGGACAGCGUCACUGCAGAGAAACAAAAGAUCCAGACCCGUCUGAACAGCAUCAUUACAGAGAAACAAAGGAUCCAGACCCAUCUGGACAACGCCACUGCAGAGAAACAAGAUACCCAGGCCCAGCUGGACCAUGUCAUGGCCUUGCAAGAGUCGCUGAAAUGCGAGCACGGGACUGCUCUGACCAUGUGCUCUGCAGGCUGGGUGUAUCACAGCGGCCAUUUCUACUACUUUUCCCAAGACCAGAAGUCCUGGGCAGAGGCGGAGCAGUUCUGUGUGUCUCAGGACUCGCACCUGAGCUCCAUCACCUCGAAGGAGGAGCAGGAAUAUCUCUCCAAGAGGACCCAGGGGAAAGCACACUGGAUUGAACUCACAGACCAGAAGUCGGCGGGCACGUGGCGCUGGGUGGACGGCACCAAAUACAGCAAAGCACAGAGCGGAGAGUUCUGGGUCCCAGGUCAGCCGGACAGCAAGACCCAGGGGCCGAGAGGCCGAGCGAGCUGUGUUGAGAUGAAGGAGAGUCAGACGGCGGCGUGGAGCAACGUCAGCUGCACUGCCCGUCGCCGCUGGAUUUGUAAGAAGGCCCUGAGGCAAGCCGUAUCCUGACCCCCGAGAGACAGCCUCCAGCCCUCGUGCAGCAGGGCCCCUGCGCUGGAUGGGCUCGGUGGGCUCUGCACGGCCUCGGGACCCUCCAGGGAGUCCUGCAUGCCCAGCUCGCGUUCUCCUUGGGCCCUUGCUCUGCUUUCUCAUCCUCACCUGCGACAGCCCUGUCUUGGCCCCUCUCAUCCCACUCCCUCCCUGCUGCUGUCGCCCGGGGGGGGAAGGUGGGAAGCGCAUUAAGCACUGCCCCUGCGCACAUGCUCUGGGGCUAGCUAGAAUAAUCAAACAUGCAAAUAAAAAUGGACACCACCUGCCGUGGCUGGGAUGAUGUAGGGCUGGUGCUGCUCUGAGCUGGGGCUUGGACUAGAUGUGAUCUCCUGAGAUCCCUUCACAUCCUCGUUGUCUGUGAUUUGUUGGACCCUGGCAGUUGAGGGAGGUGAAGGCUGCUAUUCAAUCCCCCUCCGUCUUCCCUUCUGCAGAUUAAAUGAGCCCAUUUCCCUCAGCCUCUCCUCACCAGUCGUGUG